AUGGCGUCAUCUGAGGGACCGGGCAUCGUCACCAACUGCCGGAUCCCAUCACCUGGUCAACUGGCGGAGCUGGCCGAGGUCUUCCACGGCACGAAGUGGGCGUGCAUCACUGCGGAGAUGCGCGCCUGCCCCCCCCCACUCAAGAUUAAUCGCGGCACGCUGAGUCGCAUCUGCACGCGAGGCAAGCGCGCCAGGGAGCUGAAGGACCACGACGCCAAGGCGGGUGUCAAGGCGAAGGAAGGCACAGUAGCUACUACUCAGCAGCAGAAGGAGAUCGGUACGCUGCGCACGAAGUUGGAGCUACUGGAGAGGGAGAACAAGGAGAUUCAAGAGCAGUACGAGAAAGCUGAAAAACAUGUUGUGUUGCGAGCUGAGAAGAGGAAGGUGGCGCUGUUCGCCAAACAGCUCCACGCUGCGAACGCCACCAAUACCGAGCUGCAGCGAAUGCUGUGCGAAGACGUUGAAGCCGUUGAAGCCGACGAGGAGACGCAGGAGACGCAAGGACCCGAGAAGCCGGACGGCUUGAAGAUGCUGAGCCAUAUUAAUCGCGGCACGCUGAGUCGCAUCUGCACGCGAGGCAAGCGCGCCAGGGAGCUGAAGGACCACGACGCCAAGGCGGGUGUCAAGGCGAAGGAAGGCACAGUAGCUACUACUCAGCAGCAGAAGGAGAUCGGUACGCUGCGCACGAAGUUGGAGCUACUGGAGAGGGAGAACAAGGAGAUUCAAGAGCAGUACGAGAAAGCUGAAAAACAUGUUGUGUUGCGAGCUGAGAAGAGGAAGGUGGCGCUGUUCGCCAAACAGCUCCACGCUGCGAACGCCACCAAUACCGAGCUGCAGCGAAUGCUGUGCGAAGACGUUGAAGCCGUUGAAGCCGACGAGGAGACGCAGGAGACGCAAGGACCCGAGAAGCCGGACGGCUUGAAGAUGCUGAGCCAUAUUAAUCGCGGCACGCUGAGUCGCAUCUGCACGCGAGGCAAGCGCGCCAGGGAGCUGAAGGACCACGACGCCAAGGCGGGUGUCAAGGCGAAGAAAGGCACAGUAGCUACUACUCAGCAGCAGAAGGAGAUCGGUACGCUGCGCACGAAGUUGGAGCUACUGGAGAGGGAGAACAAGGAGAUUCAAGAGCAGUACGAGAAAGCUGAAAAACAUGUUGUGUUGCGAGCUGAGAAGAGGAAGGUGGCGCUGUUCGCCAAACAGCUCCACGCUGCGAACGCCACCAAUACCGAGCUGCAGCGAAUGCUGUGCGAAGACGUUGAAGCCGUUGAAGCCGACGAGGAGACGCAGGAGACGCAAGGACCCGAGAAGCCGGACGGCUUGAAGAUGCUGAGCCAUGUUCUCUGA